GGGACCAGCGCGUGUCGGCAGGGUGACAUUGAGCGUGUAGACGUCAUGCGCGUGUUAUAGCGCGUUAUAGCGCGCGCGUUGUGUCGCUGUGAGACUCUAAACUCACUCAUGGAGACUCCAAGCCCAGAUGAGCCCCACCUCAGACAUGUGGAGCGUGAUGUCCUGAUCCCUAAAAUGAUGAGGGAGAAAGCUAAGAAGCUCUGCGCCCAACAAGUUGAAGCUUUCACACGGUGCUGUAAGGACAGCGGGGUGCUCAUGGUGGUGAAGUGCAGAGAGGAGAACAGCGCCCUGAAACAGUGCAUCACCAGCUAUUACACAGAUCCAGCAUUCUAUGAGGAGUGUAAGCAGCAGUACAUCAAAGAGAAGCAGGAGUAUCAGCGCACUGGCAUCCCUGCUAAACACCGCGCACAGAGAGUACCAACCAGCAUGUAGAUCACACACACACACACACACACACACACUGCUGUUUAUAUUCAUGACUAAACCUCAUAUAAAUUCAUAGAGAGUUUUAAUCACAUCAGAUGGAAUUUCCUCCGCUGGGACUCACUUGUGCUCACACACACACACACACAUUGUUUUUUAAUGUACUUUUCUUAUAAUCUUUAAUUUUCUUGCUUCUUGCGAGAUCAUCAGUUUUGUUUGAAAGUGAAAGUCUCUCUCACACACACACAGUUUGUCAGGACACUGAGCUGUGUGUGUGAGAAACCUGUAACUGAUGUGACUUAAUAAAUGUAAUAAACACUG